AUGCGAGUGCGAUUCUUCGAGCAGUUUCUUUUAGAGAAUCCAGAACUGUGCUGGGAGGGGUUGUGGAGGGUGUAUUAUUCGGAUGAGUUGUGGAGGAGUGAGGAUGCGAGGAUCAUGUAUGUGAUACCAGAUCGAGGGGAGAUUCCUGCGUAUUUUGGGGUAGGGGAAGAGGGGAAAGGGGAGGCUGAGGAGGAGGAGGAGGAGGAGGAGGAGGAGGUGGUGGUGGUGGUAAAGACGGGAAAAGGAGAGGGAGUGGAAAUGGAAGGGGAUGAUGGUGGGUUUGGGGAAGGGUGGGAGAUGGUGGAUGGAUAG